AUGUCUAGUCUCGGUGUUGGUGGCAUUAGCUAUGGUGGAGGCGCUGGAGGUAUUCUCCUAGCUGCUGGCUACAGCGAAGAUAUCAAAUUUUACGAUACGUUCACCGGGGAGAUGCUGAAGACUAUCGGAGGCCCGGGCUCGAGAGUACCAGGUGUCGAGGGCGUGGGCCUUCCAGCCGGUGCAGCCCAGUACGGCAAUGUGAUUGACGGACAUGUCAACUGUCUUGAGCUCACUCCGGACGACCGUUUUGUGGCCGCAGCGGGAAAUCCAUGGCUGAGAAUCUUCGAUUGUGAGUACACUAGCGCACCGUAUGCGAGCUAUGAGGGUGGGCAUCGGGAUAAUAUCACUGGUGUUAAUUUCGAAGAGGAUGCUAAAUGGUUCGUCACAUCAUCUGAAGACGGUACGGCGAAAAUAUGGGACCGACGGGCUCCGGCUGGCGACGAGAAAAGCUUCCAAAUGUGUUUCAAGAAUCAGCAGCCUGACGGUAGCGGUGGUGCCAUACACUGCUGUGUGCUGCAUCCCAACCAAGCCGAGGUCUUGUGUGGUGAUGCUAGUGGUCGGGUCGCUGUGUGGGAUCUCACGGCUAACAGGGUGUGGACGGAGGUGCCGGACCCAGGAGCCUCGCCGAUCAAAUCCAUAGCGGUGGCUCCAACGUAUGCAGACCCGUCCAGUGAUGCGGUGACUGUGGUGGCAGCCAACCAUAAGGGCUCCUGUUUUUCAUGGCGUGUAUGCGGAGAACAACAUGAAGUCGUUACGCCACCUCGAACACCUGAAGUGCAUGCACGGGGUGGUAUCGAAAUUUCCAAUGGGAUCAACGCGGGUCCACCAGCGACCUCAGGAAGUACCUCAACAUCAUCAGAAGGAUCGUCCGAUCGGCAGCAGCAGACGGCAUCGAAUAUCAAACCUUCUCGGGAAACACCAUCAAUUGAUCGACUUUCCGAGUUUGAGAAUUCCAUCGCAGAGGAUGCGGACUCGAGCAGCUGGGUCCCCCUCAAUGUUUUGGAUGCACAUGACGCCUACGUAUUGAAAGUUCGAUUCGCACCGGGACCGGCCCGCUUGCUGGCCACCUGCAGUAGUGAUGGCACAGCACAGAUAUGGCAGUCGCAUAGUGAUGGGUUUUCAAGACAGUGUGGUUUCGAUGGUCAUCCACGAUGGGUGUGGGACUGUGCCUUCGGAGCUGAUCGGAGGUCUUUCUACACUGCCUGCACUGAUGGUGUUGUGCGUUUAUGGGACCUCAGCACUACUGGGCAGCAGCAGUCUAGGAAUGGAGUUGAUAGACCCCUCCGUGAGUAUCGAGCUCCCAAGGCACGGCCGAUGGGUUCAUUUUUACUCAAGAAAGAUGGGACACUUGUGUUUUCCACUAACUUAGAAAGUAGGAUAUUCGAUCAUCACAUUCAGCGUGCCAUAGAGGGACUUGAGAACAAUCACAUGCAUGACGUUCAUGCCAUCUGCGAAGAUCGACUUUCCGAGUUUGAGAAUUCCAUCGCAGAGGAUGCGGACUCGAGCAGCUGGGUCCCCCUCAAUGUUUUGGAUGCACAUGACGCCUACGUAUUGAAAGUUCGAUUCGCACCGGGACCGGCCCGCUUGCUGGCCACCUGCAGUAGUGAUGGCACAGCACAGAUAUGGCAGUCGCAUAGUGAUGGGUUUUCAAGACAGUGUGGUUUCGAUGGUCAUCCACGAUGGGUGUGGGACUGUGCCUUCGGAGCUGAUCGGAGGUCUUUCUACACUGCCUGCACUGAUGGUGUUGUGCGUUUAUGGGACCUCAGCACUACUGGGCAGCAGCAGUCUAGGGGCAACCCCAUUCACCUUUACCUUCGCGACCAGGGUGGUUAG